AUGGAAAUACAUGUAAAUCCACCUUUACCAACAGAAACUAUUUUUAUUAACCUUAAUCUCGAUGAAGCCAUUAACGACACACCCAAAUUUCGUGUAAAUGUUAGAAGGUUUGAGGAACAGGUUGAUCAUUUUGAAAAAUGGUUAGAACUUUAUUUAAAAUCAUUAAAACAUUUUAUAGAAGAGUCUAUCAAAUUUAUUGAGGCGAGUAAUGUUUUGGCCAAACGUUCAAUACCUUCUUCAUCAGAAGAUGCAUUAUUAGAUCACGAUUUCACACUUCCUGCAGCUAGAAUCUUUGCAGAUACAUUUCAAACAACCUUAGCAUUUAAACAAAAAUUAGUUAAUGAUAUUGAUGAAAAACUUAUACAGCCUUUAUUGCAUUUUACAAAAACUGAUCUUAAAGAUUUUAAAGACGCACGUAGAAAUUAUGAUCGUGCACUUGAACGUUAUGAAUCAAUGUUGGCAAAAUACACAUCUCAAUCUAAAAAUAAAGAAGCAAGUGCAUUACGUGAAUAUUUGAAUGGAACUUCUGCUCAUUUAGAAUUUCAUGAAGCUAGCUUAACUGUUUACAAAAGUACCGAGAACCGAUCAGAAAGAUUGAAGGGUUGGCUAUGGGAGAGAAAAUUAACAAAAUACACAGACAGUAGUAAUUUCACAUUAAUGAAUAAUCAACAAAUUAAUGAGACAUCAAUACAGCCAAAUCGUCCUCCUUCAAUAGAUCUUCCUUCUCCCUCAAUAAUGCCAUCAAAACAAGGCUAUCUUUUCAUGAGAACUCCUUCAGGGAAGAAUACAUGGACCAGAAAAUAUUUGUAUUUGAAAGAUGGUAUGAUUUGGUGGUCUUCGAUUGUACACGGUAAACAUCGAAGCAUCUCGGUGGGAGAAAGUGAGAAGAUUGAUGUACUCUUAUGUGAAACUAGAAUAGAUACUUCUCAGGAUAGAAGGUUCUGCUUUGAAAUUGUCUAUGGUGCUAAACAAACCACGUGGUUACUACAAGCUGAAACAGAAGAGGAACUAAAAGAAUGGAUUAACGUAUUUGAGUCAGCAAAACGUUACGCAUUCCCUUCUACCAUAUCUCAUAAAGAACAAAAAGAUGAGAAUAGUAUUAAAAAUGAAGAAGAUGUUGUAAAGCAAGAUGAUUCAAAUAAAUCUUUAUCAUCGAACACAGUAGAAAAUAACAAUAUUACAGAAAAAUCUUCAACCGACACAAAACCUGCCGCGCAUCAUAAUACUCUUACUACACCAUCUCCUACUUUCGGCGCUGAUUCAUCGUCUAUGUCAACAACAAAAAAAAGAGCUGCUUCUAUAUCCACUGCAGUUCCCACACGACCUCCUUUAGCAGUAACACCACAUCACACAAUCGAAGUGAUCCAAAAUGAAUUAGCAAAUAAUCAUUAG